AUGACUUUGAUCUUCUUUGAAGUAUCGAAACCAGCAGACCCAACAGCCCCUUCCUUUCUUGACCUUCCAGCUGAGCUCAGGAACCGGGUGUAUCAGCUUUACUUCAAGAGCACAAGCACGCUACGCCUUGCAAGCGCUCAAAAUGGACAAGAUCUGAACUUGAAGUUGCUCGAUCCAGUGGGCCCAUUCGAACUGCAAUUGCUACGCUUCUGCAUUGAAAAGAAGCUAGGUGCGCACUUGACGACCCACGAUGCAACGGGACACUACGUCAAUCAUAUAUCUACUGAAUGGCUUCGUCAAAUCGGACAGCACAGAGUCUUCAUCAGUAAACUUGUCAUCGAUCUCGAGAGCGUAUGUCCAGGUCGUUGCGACACAAAGCAGUCUCUGCUCCAGACCUUCCAGCCUGAAGACGGAUAUAUCCAGUUUGGAAAGCUUCUUCAGGCGAUUUGGGCAAACGACUUGAAGAUAGUGAUAAGCUUUGUCUAUCAAUGCAGGUAUUCCGAGCCGGUAUUGGGAAGACUUCCCUGGACCGAGGCACACACCGAAUACCAAGGCCCUAUCAGCGCAGAGAACAUCACCGUGCUGUUUCAAGCACUUGCUAGAGACGACUUGGGUAUGAAGAAGUUCCGAAAUGCCAUUGGUGACGUCGGUAUCGAGAAACAUGGAGAGUUCGGCAUCAUAGUCUUCUGGACGCCAGAGUGGCGACAUGGCGAGAGCCAUGGUCACAUAAUCAGCCAUGACGGGUACAACUCUCUGUUCGUCCAUUCUCGUCGCUUCUCUCUUAGUGAAGAUGGCCGUGUCACAGUCGACAAAUUGACCGUACCGAAACUUCUCGGCCUACCUCAGGCGAUUAUAACGAAGAUCGUCGCGCACACUCUGGAUUCUUCCACCCCGCAGGAACUUGAUCUCGACUCCUUUACCGACUUGCGAGACCUGUACGGAAUUCUCUACACUACCAAGGAUCUACAUGACCGCUAUUUGACCUACUACUUGCGCAAACACACAUUUAAAUUGUCUCUAAUGACUUCAAAUGCCCGGGCAAGCUUUGAGUUUAGCAAACUUGACCGUCUCCUUCGGACUGAGUUGUUACACAGGGUGGGAAGCUUAACUCGGGGGCCCCGAUUCGGCGAUGGGGCGAAGUUUUCUAUCGACUUGCACGUUCACUUCGGCACAUCGGACUUGGUGUCGUCCAUGAUGAAUAUACGCAUCAAUAUCAUGCCGCUGGUCGCAUCCACGUUUGCAGCAAAUAGACACCAAAGCUGGUGUAUCUUUCUACACAACGGCACCUCGAUUCUUCAAGGCCGCGUUUCCACGAUCCGCAAGCUGCGCUACGAAGUCAUAGCAAUCCUAUCAAAGUUCGUUAAGAAAGAUCAUGUCGACGACCCACAAGUCAGAUGUCCUGAGGUCUGGAUUGAUGGGCAUGGCAAGGUGGUCGAUAUCGUUCCGACUGGGUCUGUCGAGGGCGAAAGUUUACAGAACCCAGCGAAGCUGAAUAGCGUGUUGUGGAGCGCGGAAAAGACUGGGUCGUUUGUUGGAGCGAAGACGCCGGCGGUACCGAGAGUGGGCGGACUUGCUAGAGACAUGUAUUUGUAUUUGAAGUGGAUUGAUAGGUAA